CGUGAACACAAAUGUUUCUAAAUGUGAUGCAGCGAUGGACGGUGCUUUGCUGCGGGAGGGGACAGCCGAAAUGAAGCGAAGGGCCGACGGGUCAAUGGCCUCGGGCCAGCUAGAUGCACCAGGCCCGAAGGUGUUGAAGGAUGAAGGAUUGGUUUAUACCAUCCUCAUGUGCCUCAGCCUCGCCGAAGCGCGAUCCAUGUGGCACCUGCGGCAAGUCUUUUUCAAGGUGCUCAAGGACAAGGUCGUGCCGCUUUUGGCGCUGACGGAGAGGGACUGGAGCAUCGUCAGAAGCUUCAUGGACGGGGCUUUCCAGUACAAUCUGGAAGUCGUUUUCACAGAGGCAGUCCUGCAUAGCGAUUACGAGGGCCUGCGCUUGCUGGCCGAGAGGAAGUUUGCCUUCGGCAGCGCCAAGGGAGAUGCGCGCUUGAAGCCGUUUGUGCAGGAGGCUUUGAGCAAGGGCUCUGUGGAGCGGUUGUCGCUGCUGCGAUCCCUGCGGUACAGCCUAGCUGAGGAUUUGCUGGAGUGCACUGCCCGAGGGGGCAUCGCCGAGCAACUGCUGAGCGAAGGGUCGAUCUACGUCGACUUCCUGGGCUCGAGGAACUCCUUCCGGUUUUCCAUGCUGGACCUGGCCACAAGCGCGUAUGCCGAGAACCAGGUGGACGCUCUGUGCAAGCACCGGGCGUCUUUGUACAAAGUGCCCUUCGUCCUCUCCUCCUUUUUGAAGGCCGGGGCCGCCACCAACUCCUUCCUGCGGGUCGACGGCUGCGGGUACCUGCUACUUUUGGCGCUCGCUGCUGAAUCCUUCAACUUUGUGUACCUUUUGAUUCAAGAGGUGGUUGAUCUCAGAGCAGUGCUGGAAAGAUACGACCAGGAGCUGGUCCUCAUGGUGAACAAGGCCAUGGGGCAGCGACCGGGCGUGCUGGACCUCCUCCACUUCUGCGGCUUUCGGCUGUUCCAGGACCAGGGGCAGUUCGACGCCCCGGUGCUGAGCUGCAUCCAGCGCCAGGACUUUGGGACGGUCGAGCGGAUCUCUAAGCUCGGAUUCGACCUGCACGAGUUUGCGGCUCGCAAGCAGGCGGAACUCAGCUCGCUGCUGCAAUCGGGGCUGGAGGAUCUUUGCCAGUGUGCCACAGGCUCAGCAGAUCCAAACCAGGCAGCGGAUGGGCUUUGGAAGACGCCUGAGGAGGGUGAGAGCCGCGAAGGCCCGGACGGCCGGCCGCAAACUGCGGUGAGAAGGCUGGUGGAGAUCGACAGGCGUGUCUUGGAACUUCACUUCCAAAGCGAGCUGUUUUUGCGCUUUGCCGAUGGCCUCAUGUCCGGCAAGGAGUUUGUGCAGAUGCGGCACAUCGUGGAGGUGCAUCCGCAUGCGUUCCGCGCCUAUUUCCGGGAGAACUACAAAGCCAUGGAGGACUUGCUCUUCGAUGCCUUCUGCCGUAGGCAGAUCUCGCUGAUCGUGGACCUCACUUCGUUGCGUUUGCCCAUCGUGCCCUUUCUGGAGCGGCGCCAGGCGCAGCUGGACGCAGUGCUGCUUCAGUCCUGGUUCGCCUCCAAGGCAUGGACCGAGCUCGUCAUGCUGCGGUCAGAGGUGCGCGACUUCGAUUUUUCCGCUUUCUUCAGACGGACCCGUGAGCAGAUUGACCGUGCAGUCAUGGACAUUAUCCGAGAUGGGUACUGGUUGGACCUGCACAAGCUCGGGCAGCUCGGCUUCGACUUCGACCAGUUCUUCAGCCGCCGCUUCGAGGAGGUUUCCGCCUCUGUGCUGCAGUUUAUGACCAUGCCGCACCCCCACUUUGUCCUCCUGCGGGAGCUUUCGGCUCUGAACUUCCCCUGGGCUCGUUUCAUGGAGGAGCAUGAGGCUUGCAUCUUGGCCUCCAAGGAUCAGGAGUACAUGCAGUUCCUCAUAUCUCUUGGCAGCUUCGAUGUGGGUUCCAAGGUCUACCGGGUGGUGGAGCAGACGUGCAAGUUGUACCACUCCAUGGCCAACACCAUGUUCUCCUCGGGGAGCGUUGAGGAGGCUGAUAUAGAGGAGAUCUCGGCCGGCCAGGUAGAGGUGCCGGCAGAAUCCCCGGUCAUUGAGACCCCCUCCUCCUCAGCGGCAGGCGAGACGCUCCCAGAGGCACGCGUUCCUGCCGCGGUAAAGGCCACGAUGGUGCGGGCCAGGGAGCUGGCGAGGCUUGCGUGUCAGAAGAAGAUUGAUGCGAAGAAGGUCAUGGCGCUACUGAUUUGCCGGGGCAUGUACUGCUGGAAUCCUUUGAAGGCAGACAUGGAAGACUGCGAGGGUGAUGGCAAGGACUCGGCUCGAGUUUGGUCUCAAGUCGAGAGUGUGCUGAACUUCCUGGAUGCCAAAGACGAGCCAGCGCCUGGCUUCCAGCCCACCCCGACAGCGGCGGCGGCCAUGGCGGCAGCCGCCGUGCCCGUGCCAGCGGCGGCGGCCAUGGCGGCAGCCGCCGUGCCCGUGCCUGCCGUGCCUGCCGCCCCCGCCGCACCCGCCGUGCCGGCCGCGCCGGCCGCGGCGGCAGCGCCGGCGCCGGCGCCGCCGGGGAUGUUGGGGCAGGGCCCCCUGUGGAUGCCGCCAGUUCCGCUGGGGCAGCCACAGCUGCAGACCUUGGCGCAGCUGCAGUCCUUGUUGCAGUUUCAGCAAAUCUACCAAGCAUCGCCACAUCAGCAGCAGUUGAUGAUACAGAUCGUUUGCCUCACGCAGCGUGCUGAAGAGCAUGUGUUCGACAAGAAGAUCGAGUUCUUUUGGCACGGCCUCCUGGACCGUGUGCUGCCGUUGGACCGCGACGGAGCGCCAGACUAGGACCGUGCCGGGCCGCGAGCCGCUUUGGCUUUGGAACCUGACGUUUGGGCCAGCGGGUUCAAAUGGGUUCUCCAUGAAAGCUGGCAGGAGGCCUCAAAGGGAGAAAGGCUCACACGGGGCCCGCAAGUUGGAGGUUUUGACUCAUUCCUGUUUUGAGGUCCAGCAGCCAUGGCACUGCGUUCUUUCCUCCGGGAGGGGUGCUGGAGAUUGGGUCUUCAUAUCAAGCAUGUCACGCAUUGCCAGAAGGCCUCAAGCCUCAAGCCUCAAGCCUCAAGAUUCAAAUCUCCGAGAGUGGCAACACUCGAGCCGCAAGUGCUUUCCUUGAAAGAAGGGGCUUGUCCCAGGAUGGGCAACUCAUAUUCGUGAGACCCCCCAUCCAUUCCGUCAUUUUGAGGCACUCGAAGAGUCGGGUGUUUCGGUUUGCCUGGCAGCUUACAGAGUAGUUGUCAGAGCCUCUCUGAUGUGGAGCUCCUUGGAGAGCAGAUCCUGCCAUGGCAG